AAACACGUCACACCUAACAGAGUAACCCACACUACCCAGGCGCCUGGCCUCCAGACGCAGGACUGUUGUCUUUCUGCAUUUUCCAUGACGUGGGUCCUUUUCUAGAUAAAGGCGGUGGGUAAGCGACACUUCCUGUCCCUGGGGGAAGGAGUGAGAGGAGAGAUGAGCUGCCAUACUUCUUUCGAGAGCACAGCCACCUGCUUCUAUGGAGCUCUGCCUGGCCCAGACAUGCCCCCAAGGGAAUCAUGAAGCCACCUCCUCAGCCUUCAGCACCUUCCAGCCCACGAACCCGAGCCAGGGGAGAUGCCAGGACUUGGGUUGUGGGGGCAAGCCCAGCAGCAUGCAGGCUCUGAAGGAACAGGGGGCUCAGCUCAGCCCCAGGGCCCCCCACACGGAGGCCCAGGCCUCUGCCUCAGCCCCAGGAGCUGCCUGGGUCCCAGGGACUGCUGACAGGGCAGAAGAGGUGCCUGGGAAAGGAGACUUGUCCUUGCAAGCCCAGACCAGAGCAUGGGCCCAGAAGACCCAGGCCCACUGGCUCUUGCUCAAGACUGCUCCUCUCUGGUUCCAUGGCUUCAUCACCAGGAGGGAAGCCGAGCGUCUGCUGCAGCCCCAGCCUCUAGGAUGCUAUCUGGUGCGCUUCAGCGAGAGCGCUGUGGCCUUCGUGCUGUCUUACAGGAGCCAGACCUGCUGCCGUCACUUCCUCCUUGCUCAGUUAGAGGACGGGCGCCACGUGGUGCUGGGUGAAGACAGUGCCCAUGCGCAGCUUCAGGACCUGCUUCAACACUACACAGAGUGCCCCCUCAGCCCCUACGGGGAGAUGCUCACCCAACCCCUUGCUCGUCAGACAGCUGAGCCUGCUGGAUUUUCCCUAAGGGCUGAAUUCAACUCAGGAAGCAAAAGACAGGACCCAGACACCCAGCACAGCCUGCUCCUCCAGCAGGGGCAGGCCCAGGCCUCGGUACACAAAGAGAAAGUCUGGGCCUCCCAACAGAAGGAGACUUCCCAGGCACCCAGACCCAGGCCUCCCAUCCCUGCCAAGCCCCAGCUUCCUCUUGAAGUCUAUACACAUCCUGCUCCACGACCUCAUCGGGCUACACCCAUUAAUCCGGUCUACCAGGAGCCUGAUGAACCCAUAGCCUUCUAUGCCAUGGGGCGGGGCAGCCCUGGGGACGCUCCUAGUAAUAUCUACGCUGAGGUGGAUGGGCCAUCGGGAAUGGUACCCGCUGGGCACCCAAUCCUCCAGAAGUGCUGGUCCAGGCCUACCUCAGGAGGCCAGGGAAAGGGGGUACAGGGAAAGAAAAGCUCAAGAAGGCCAGCAGAAAGAGGGAGCCCCUCCUAAAUACAGGCCAGGUGAGGUCAGGGGCUGAAGUAAGAUGGAGUGGUCCAUGCCCAUGCUGCUGAAAACCUCUGCCCAGCUGCAGGCCUGAGGCUGUUCCUGGACGCGCAUGUGGACUCCGCUUUGUCGAGCCCUACCCACCCCUACUUCAGAGAAAAUGAAGGUUUCCUUCGCCCUCUCUCCAUCCCGGCUGCUGCCUGUCAGUCAAGCCUUCCUCAGACACAUCUGGCACUGACCCAGCUCCCUGGAGAAGAGCACUUGGGAGCCCAUGCGUCACCAGCAGUGGGCUCCGAGGAGGAGGCCACCACUCCGUGUGCGCCUCCCUCACAGUUUCCCCACAGAGUUUCGGUCAUAUCUGAAUGUGGUUUUACUAUUAAAUGAGUCAGACUCUUUCCCUCG